CGGCAUUCGCUGACAGACGUGCGCCGAUGAAGCAGCAACAAGUUACUGGCCCCCGAUAUACAUUAAUAUAGAACGAAAAAUAAAGGCAUUCCGAACCAAACCAUUUAUACCAUAUAUACAACGAAUACGUAUUUCUAUAUACGCACAAAACCAAAGAAUGGGAGGCUGUUGCUCAAAGGAUUUGGAUGACAAACGCUCGUGGAGUCCCGAGGAGACCAAGAAUGGCAGCACCACAUCAACAAUCAUUGCCCAGCCGCUGGAUGAGGUGGGCACCACCGGUGUCUUCACAUUGACACGCACCACCACUAGCACCACGCGGCAGGAGAAGACGGUGACCACCACCAGCGAGGAGCAGGAGCAGGAUUAGCUGCCAUCAGAUUAACUGACGUGAAAAGAACCAAAACCUUUUUUUUUGAAACCAUUUCAAUGCCAAUGUGUGCGUGAGUGUGUGCGUGAGUCUGUUGUGAGUGUGUGAAUAAAUAAUAAAAAGAUAAUGUACAUACGAACAAUGUGAAUAUGAAUAUGAAUCAAGUUAAGCUGUUAACGAGUAAUUAUUAAUUGUUAUGCGCCUGAAUUUCAAUAUCGUAAUAAAUUGUUGAAUCGCUAAAU